AUGGCUUGGACUUCCCUCGCGCUUUUUUUCCAGGUAACCCAGGACGGUUAUCUCAAUCGUUCAGCCGGUGAUGGCUCCUUUGAUGAGUCAGAUGUUUCUGCGCCGAUCCUGCAUGGAGCAGGUGUCUUCAGUCCGCACUUCCCCAACGAACACGUGUCUCUGCAGGCUUACCUCAACACAGUCGCGGGUGCUGCCUCUACCUCGAUGGCAGAAGGCAGUGCGGGGCACCACCAGAAGUCCCGCCAUCAUUCCUUUGAGGAGUACCGGCCUGCAUCUGAGGACUUUGACGCUCUGGAGGCCAGUUUUGGGGCCGGUGAGGCCGCUGAGGACACAGCAACACUCUAUGCCGAACUCCAA